AUGUGUUUACUUACCUGUGGUCCCCAGGUGGAGACCAUCGGUGACGCCUACAUGGUGGUGUCCGGUCUGCCGGUGAGGAACGGGAAGCUGCACGGCCGCGAGGUGGCCCGGAUGUCCCUCGCUCUGCUGGACGCCGUCAAGAGCUUCAGGAUCCGCCACCGAGCCAAUCAGCAGCUGCGGCUACGCAUCGGCAUCCACAGCGGUCCAGUGUGUGCAGGUGUGGUCGGGCUGAAGAUGCCCAGGUACUGUCUGUUCGGAGACACGGUCAACACAGCAUCACGCAUGGAGUCGAAUGGAGAGGCGUUGAAGAUUCACGUGUCGGAGACAACGCGUGACGUCCUGCAGGAGUUUGGCUGCUUCAGGCUACAGCUCAGAGGAGACGUCGAGAUGAAAGGAA